AUUCCUCUCAUGAUUACCACUCUAAACCCUAAUUAAAACUUACAUUAAAACGCCACCUGGACUUACCCCCUUCAAUGUUCACACGUAUAAGCUAGCACGUGCCACAUAGUCUCUGUAUUUUCUUUAAGAAGUUGGCAGCUUUUAACUGGAGCAGUAAUGCCCUAGCUAUUUGGUGCAAGAAUUCAGGAGCAGGCACUUUCAUUCACUAGUCUCACUCUAUCUUUUUUUAACAUUUAUUUUUCCUCUUUUAUAAUAAGCACUGAUCAUAAAUAAUCUUUUAAUUACCUUAUUCACCGCAACUGUAAUAAUACGGAUAGAGACAAAGAAGAGUCAGACAGGAAAGACAACACAGACGACGUCGGAUAAAGGAAAAAUACGGCUAAGCUAAGAGAAUUCAAGAUCAGAGGAGAUAUGGAAAAUGGCAGCAGCUUCUACAAUAAUGGUCACCAUGUGAGCCGUAACAGAAGCCAGAAUAUUAUUGGUUGUGAUAUUUUUGAGGGCAAUACUUCAAGCUUUGACUGUACUGAUAAUUAUACAAGCAACAACAACACUCUAUUUACUGCCGUUGAUCAGAGCUUUAACGACCACCGUCAGCAGCUACCAUUAUACGCCGGAGAUGGGUUGUCACGGCUGCAUCCUGACCCGCAUUUGAUGUGCCUGAAGCUAGGUAAGCGGCACUAUUUUGAAGACACAAUGCCUGUAAUGGAUCGACAGAUAAUUACAGGUAAAAAAGGGAAGCCAUAUUAUAGUGUUGGAGCUGUUCAGGUGGGGCCAUCUUCGUCGUCGUCGACCGGAGCGGCUGCUGCUGCGAGCUUGCCGAGGUGUCAAGUGGAGGGUUGCCACGUUGUUUUAGUAAAUGCUAAAGAUUAUCAUCGGAGGCAUAAAGUUUGCGAAAUGCAUUCGAAGGCUCCUAAGGUGAUCGUUUUAGGGUUUGAGCAACGAUUUUGUCAGCAGUGUAGCAGAUUUCAUGCAGUGUCGGAAUUUGAUGACAACAAAAGGAGCUGUAGAAGAAGAUUGGCUGGUCACAAUGAACGGAGAAGAAAGAGCGCCCAUGAUUCUGUUUCGACCAACUCUACCCAAGACAAGUUAACGGGUGGGAGAUUUGCAUACUUAGAAUCACCAACAGGCCGUGCUCUCUCUCUUCUGUCAUCCAAGGCCGAUUGUUGGAUUUCUUCAUCCGAUCUAUCUUCGAGAUCAAGCGCAGCAUUACGUGAAUUAAUCGCAGAAAAUCGUGCUGCAAUUUUAACUAGACAGCUUCUUCUCGAAAGACACUUGCACCACAAUGGAAUACAAGACUUAGCUGAUGAUCAACAGUCUCAACCUAGCACCACCUACAACAUUAAUCAUUCAUUUAUUCCUCACCAACAUCAUCAAAUUUUAGCCGAUUCACACGAUAGUUGGGAUAGGUUCAACGAUACUGGCUCGCAAGUUACGCUUGACCUAAUGCAUACUCCAUUUUCACCGUUUGGGUUUAUGCCUAGUAGAGGAAAAAAUAAAGAAGAGGAGCAAGAAUGUUCUGAGUUAUGGAACACUUGGUCUAAUGCUCAUGAAAUUUGAGGUUAUUUUGUUUCUUGAAUUUGUUUGGUGCAACAAAUAUAAGUUCAGUGUCUUGGAUACAAUUUGUAAUGUAGGACUUUUCAGGAAUAAUUUGAUUUGCAAAUGCAUUUGGAAGAAUUUAAUUUACUCUUAAGCUUUUUUCUUUAUA